AUGAAUUCAUCAUACGAACUGCUCGAUCAGGCCAAGCCCAGGAAUGAAGUCGCGGCAGUAGACGAUGUCGUGGCCGAAGACGAGCAAGAUCACUCGAGUCGAUCCGAUUCUGCAAGGGUCUCUGACGCAACCAAAAUACAGUACUCAACCACCAUACAUCGCUCAAACAAGAUAUUUCUCCUCGUCCUAAUUUAUGCUACGCUGGCAGUCUUUGCAUGGGUCGUCACCUGCGUACUUGCAUAUAGGCCCAUCCACGGCAACUCUUACAGCAUGAACGCUGGCGAUAGCCAUUACAGCGAGACAACGGACAGCGAAAAUCACUUUCAUGCAUUCUACUUGGAUAACGAGGAAUGGUACAGGGCGGCCCGGGUAAUUCAGAGCAUUGUGGCCGUCUUGACCAUCCCGCUCACGUCGGCUGUAUGUGGCCGCGCAGCAGUUGCCUUCAUCCAGCAGCCCAGUCACAGUGGAGAUAUGACUAUGCGACAGACCAUGGUACUGGCCGACAAGGGUUGGGCCGACGUGGGACUCAUUUCGAAGGUUUUGCGCGGUCAAUGGAAGCGCUAUGGAUCCUCGUUUCUGGCUGUUGCCAUCCUUCUGAACAUUCUUGGCGCCAUAAUCUCUCCCCUCCAACAAAUCCUUCUCACCACAGAGACGAUCAAAAUACCAACCCAAUGGACAUCUAUUCUCGGUUUGAUGGACAUGUCAGACCAUGGCGAGGACAUGCGGGGCAAUUCCCUCGAUGACUACACAGUAGCUCUGACCCGAAGCAGGCUAUCAUCAACGACACUUAGUGACGUCCAGGCGCGAUUGUGGUCUGGGAGUAUGGACUGCAGUGGGUAUGAGUACUCAACUUUGGGGACAUGCCAAGCUGGCGGAAGUCAGAAUCUACUUUCUAGUUUACAUCUCAUGCAAGAUCCCUUUUUCGCAGAGCUUCCAUCAGGGUACUCCACUGGCUUGCUGUCACAGUUUCUACCAAGGGUCAACUCGACAGCGAGUCGAGAAUUAAUCGAUAUUGACGACUUUCCCCCGGAGUGUAGUAGCGACAACCCCGAUGUCUUCUACGUCACCUACUCCAAUAGUUCUGAGGAUCGGUCUCAGCACAAUCGCACCGCCUCCUACAACGUCGAGGUUUGCAUGCCCGGCAAUAUGAGUGAGCCGGCCUGGUCGGGCGCGCAGCACAGGCAAAACUGUAGCGAGGAGUUGUAUCUGAAGAUAAGUCUUUGGAAUGUCACAAACUUUCAAUCGGGCGUGUACUCGAGCAAGAUUACGUUGAAUACCACGGUUGGCUAUUUCGAGCUGCCCAAUUACGCAAAUGGUGGGGUUGCCGGUCCACUGCUUGAAAAGACGGUCAGCGAGUACAUCGGACCAUCCUGGGUAAGGCAAAAUACCAUACAAAAGGAUACCACCAACCUCAAGCCGGGUGACGAAUCAACGGACUCGGGGACAGCCGUCAAUGCCACCGCAGGCCUGAUUUCGAAUUACAAGAAAGGCCCGCUGCUAAUCAUGGCCAUGGCCUUAUUUGGCCUUGGCUCGUUUCUCGAUGUGGUUCAUGACCAGGAAGCCUUUCUAGAAGCACACAGACAAGACGAGUUGGAAAAUGAGAAUGAAUGCAUAGCGACUGUACCCUUUCUCCAACUAACCAAAACACUGGAGGAUGAUGAAAAAGACAUAUCCAGCCUUUUUUUUAAGCACCUGGACCCGUGCUUACAAUUUAGCACAGACACCACCAAUAAGGAACUUGAUGCUGUUGAGUUGGCUGCUGAAUACCUCUGGAUGUUCGUGUUCAACAGAGGCAAUGGAAGUGACUAUUCUAGCUACUACGUCCCUGCCGGUGACGUUAAUGAGAGGAGGAUUGUCAAUGCCUUUGAAGCCGCCGCAUUUAUCACCAAUGAGGUCUGGAUGGUGGACAACUUUCACCUCCCUUAUGGCAAGCUGGUUGUCAACUAUGACAUGGGCGAGGACACGCAAAAACCCUCCAUUAGUCUCGGGGGCAUCGUCGUAAUAUCGAUUCUGCUCUGCCUCGAUCUGCUCUCUUUGGCGGCUCUAGCUCUCUAUAGCGCACGAGUCCCACGCUGGACAGAACAGCUCGACUCUCUGGCCAUGAUGAGGCUUGGAGCUGUCAUGGCAGACGAAUUACCAUUGCAAGUGGCCAGCAAGUCCGACCGCAUCAGCAUUCUUGAUGAGAUGCCAGGGUGUAUUGGUGAUGCAACGGGCGGGGAGGGUACAGUGGGCGAGCUGGGUAUUGGGGCCAAGACUCCUCUUCAUGCCAGGAGAAGGUACACCUGUUACGAAGGAGACCAUGAAAGUGAGGACGCGGCCCAGAAGCACCAGCGCCAUUAA